UCAAACAAAUCAAUCAUUAUCUGAUGUAGUUAUUGGUUAUAUAAAGACUGAACAAUUUGAAUUAAAAUUAACAAAAUUAGAUAAUAUGAAUAUGCUUGUUCAUCAAAUUGAUGCUGAAACAGCUGAAAUUUAUUUUGAUAGUGAAUUUUGUACAAAUGACAAUAAUUUAAACAUAAAUUUAAAUCUUUCAAAGACUGCUACUGUUCGUUAUGGUAAUCGAACCCUAGCUCAUAUAGGACCAGUUUUUACUCGUGUACAUAUGCUUAAACAAUCAUGUGAUCUUGAUCAACCGUUAAAAAUCUUUUUUGAUAUAUGUCAAAAUGAAAAUCCCUGCUUAAAUGGUGGUACUUGUAAAUCUCUUAUACCAGAUUAUAAUAAUAAAUCUUCUUCUGCUAAUGAUUUAACAGAAAUUCAUUAUGAAUGUAUUUGUCCAUUACAUAUAUCAGGUGAACAUUGUCAAUAUUUAAAAUAUCCAUUUGGUUAUUGUAUAAAUGGUGGAAAUUUAAUUGAAAUUGUUGAUUUAAAUAUUGAAUCAAAAGAAAAAUGUUUAUGUCUACCAGGUUUUCAAGGUGAUCAUUGUGAAGAUAAUAUUGAUGAUUGUAUAGAUAUAAAAUGUUCUAAUAAUGGAAUAUGUCUAGAUGGUAUUAAUUCCUCUAGAUGUUCAUGUUUUGAUGGAUAUUAUGGAAAUCAAUGUGAAGAAAAAAGUGUACAAAUGAUAUUAUUCCAAAUUACAAGUAAAUCAUUUGCUAGUGUAGCAAUUUUAAUAAUUAUUUCUAUUGUUUGUCUUGUUAUUGCAAGUGAUAUUCAUACUUAUUUAACAAGAAAAAAACGAAUAAAACAUUAUGAAUUAAAUGGAAUUUCACGUACUGCAUCAGAAUUAUUUGAAAAUUCAGUUCUCUUACUUGGUUUUAGUGAUGCUCCUAUUGAAAUGAAUGAUUUAUCAGCUAUUAAUAUAAGAAGAAAAUCAAAGAAAAUAAAACAAUCUUCAAGAAAUAUAAGAAAACAAACUAAUUAUCAAAGAAUUUUAAAAGGAAAAUAUAUCAAAACAUUACGAAAACCAAUAUCACAACGUUAUUCAUUAUCAAAUCCAAAUUAUCAAAAAAUUUAA